GGCUCCCUCCUCAUUCUCCUCCCUCCGCGAAAGGCAGUGCGUUUUGAAAGGUUGUAUUUAUCUCGCUAACGUCACUUUACAGGAGUACAUUGGCAGAGUGAUAACAUCAGAAGUCACUGUCGGAGCCACGCAUCCUCAUACUGACUGACUUCAAAUAAGGUCUUGUUCUGUCCGGGACAGGGUACGGCGGCAUACACCCGAUGCAUGGAAUGGAGUUCAUAUAUCUCGGAUCCCCCACAAAUGCAACGUGACAGUUCUAAACGUUUAAUUCAAGGUCAAUAUUGGACUUCGAUCAGCUGUAACCGCGGACAUUAUUGAGGAUAUUUAUCUUCUUGUGGAACCGGAAUUGUAUGAGCAGCAUCUUUUUCCCGGUCGGCGGUGAGCAAUGACAUCUUUCACCGAAGAGGUUAACCUACGCUCCCAGUAUCUAAAACAACAUUUCGGACCAAGUGUUCAAUUAAAAAAUGUGCUAUUUAGGAGAGGAUAUGUAACUAGCUAACUAACAUAGCGCUGUAGCCGUGUCUUGAGCUCUCCAGGUCCGGUGUACUUUCGACGUUUCCUGAUUUCACGAAAGGUGUUAGCCAGCUUGCCACAGUACCUGGAACUGCUGCAUCCAUCUCAAAUAGCUUACUAAAGUUUCCUAACUAGCCAGCCAAUUGUCGAACAUGGAUAUUUUGUGGGUCCUUUGGAAAACCACUUGCUAGUGAGGAAAGUGUGUUCAUUACACGCAUACCCCCCCCCCUAAAUUCUUUAAAUUAAAAAAACGAAUUUCAACAUGUCUGUUCGCGUAGUUUUACACUCACCCAGUGGCUCCAGAAGUUUUCUGGAGCGGGGACUCCUACUUCUGGUGAUGUUGAUCUUUCUGGAGGGUACCGUACUGACGCUUGGAGCUGCCAGCUCACCGGACAUCAGCGCGCAGGACAACACUGGAGGACACGACCACCGAGGGAUAGCAGGCAGCCACGACCAUACUAACUACACAUACACAAAAAAGGCCUUCCCUGUCCUGUCUCUAGAUUACCAUCACAUACAGGUGCCUUUCGAGAUCUCUUUAUGGGUGCUGCUGGCCUCUUUAAUGAAAUUAGGGUUCCACCUGAUCCCGCGGCUGUCCAGCAUCGUGCCCGAGUCCUGUCUGCUCAUUGUGGUGGGCCUCCUGGUCGGUGGCCUCAUCAAGCUGGCGGGCGAAGAGGUACCACCCGUGCUGGACUCCAACCUCUUCUUCCUGUGCCUCCUCCCCCCGAUCAUCCUGGAUGCGGGCUACUUCCUGCCCAUCCGGCCCUUCAUGGAGAACAUCGGCACCAUCCUGAUGUUCGCCGUGGUCGGCACCCUGUGGAACGCCUUCUUCGUAGGGGGUCUCCUCUACGCCGUGUGCCAGAUCGAGGGCACAUACCUGAGCCAGGUGGAGCUGCUGCCCUGCCUGCUGUUCGGGAGCAUCAUCUCAGCCGUGGACCCGGUGGCCGUGCUGGCUGUGUUUGAGGAGAUCCACAUCAACGAGCUGCUGCACAUUCUGGUGUUCGGAGAGUCGCUGCUCAAUGAUGCCGUCACUGUGGUCUUAUACCACCUGUUUGAGGAGUACUCUGGCGCCGGUGAGGUAACACCGAUGGACGUGGUCCUCGGGGUCAUCUGCUUCCUGAUUGUGUCGCUGGGCGGCAUCGCCGUGGGCGCCAUCUACGGUAUCCUGGCGGCCUUCACCUCCCGGUUCACCUCGCACACCCGUGUCAUCGAGCCCCUCUUCAUGUUCGUUUACAGCUACAUGGCUUACCUCUCGGCGGAGAUGUUCCACCUGUCUGGAAUUAUGGCGCUGAUUGCGUGUGGCGCGGUGAUGCGUCCCUACGUGGAGGCCAACAUAUCCCACAAGUCCCACACCACCGUCAAGUACUUCCUGAAGAUGUGGAGCAGCGUGAGCGAGACCCUCAUCUUCAUCUUCCUGGGCGUGGCCACGGUGGCCGGGCCACACGCCUGGAACUGGACCUUUGUCUCCGUCACCGUCAUCCUUUGUCUGGUGUCACGUGUCAUUGGCGUGGUGGGCCUUACCUUUAUCAUCAACAAGUUCCGCAUCGUCAAGCUGACCACCAAGGACCAGUUCAUUGUGGCCUACGGUGGCCUGCGAGGGGCCAUCGCCUUCUCCCUGGGCUACCUGCUAGACAAGGACCUCUUCCCCAUGAGGACCAUGUUCCUCACCGCCAUCAUUACCGAAAUCUUCUUCACCGUGUUUGUACAGGGCAUGACUAUCAAACCCCUGGUGGACCUGUUGGCCGUGAAGAAGAAGCAGGAGGCCAAGCGCUCCAUCAAUGAGGAGAUCCACACCCAGUUCCUGGACCACCUGCUGACUGGCAUUGAGGACAUCUGUGGACACUACGGCCAUCACCACUGGAAAGACAAGCUAAACCGCUUCAACAAGAAGUACAUAAAGAAGUGCCUGAUAGCGGGCGAGCGCUACAAGGAGCCGCAGCUCAUCGCCUUCUACCACAAGAUGGAGUUCAAGCAGGCCAUCGAGCUGGUGGAGAGCGGCGGGGGCGUCAAGCUGCCCUCCGCCGUGCCCUCGCAGGUCUCCAUGCAGAACAUCCAGCCCAAGAAGCUGCCGCCCCCUGUAGCAGAGCGGGCCCUGCCUCAGUUCACCAAGGGCCGUGAGGAGGAGAUCAGGAAGAUCCUCAGAAGUAACCUGCAGAAGACCCGCCAGAGGCUGCGCUCCUACAACAGACACACUCUGGUGGCCGAUCCCUUCGAGGACGGAUGGAACGACUUCCUCCUGAAGAAGCAGAGGUUGAUCGAGCUAGAGAAGAAGAUGACAGAGAUGAGUAACUACCUCACAGUCCCUGGCGCAAUUCCUGACUCCCCCACCAUGUGCAGAGCCAGACUGGCCUCGGACCCCAACGCCUUCUACAACAUCAAGGCGUCUUCAGACGGCGUCCCCACCAUCCAGGUGGACCUGGCCUCCCCCCAGUCCCCGGACUCUGUCAACACGCUGAAUGAGUUCUCCAAGGAGGGUGCCACGGGCCAGGGCCUGGGUCAGAGGGAGGGUGCCACGGGCCAGGGCCUGGGUCAGAGGGAGGGUGCCACGGGCCAGGGCCUGGGUCAGAGGGAGGGUACCACGGGCCUGGGCCUGGGUCAGAGGAAGGGGGCUGACCGGGAUGAGGAUCAAGGCCUGAUGAUGAAGCCGGCCGGGAAAGGGGAGAAGGGAGAGGAAGAGGGGGGCAACAAGAACCCAGGGCUGAUGAGGUGUCUGAGUGACCCGGGACCCAGUAAUGAGGACGAGGAGGAUGAACCAUUCCUUCCCUAAAAAACAACAACUAACUCCUCCCAUUGUGAGGAAUAGGGAGGGGCCUGGUUGUAGCGGCUCCUCCCCAUGAGCGGGGCACUACAGGGGAAAGGUCCACCUCCUCUCACUCCACCACCACCUCAUUUGAGUUUGCUAUCCCAUUGGUUGAGGAACAAAUAAAGCCAAAGCUGUUAAGAAAGGACUUGGGACAUUUAUGAACCAAAAGAGAAAAGGAUACUACAUAGCCAUCUUUUUUCAAUAGUUGUCAUUGCUCUUUUUUCGUUGUUUAAGUGAUAGGAAGGCAGUCACCAUCUUGGGCUUGGUGGGAAUUAUCCUGAGAGACAGGGGAACAUAAUUAUGCGUUACCAAAGGGUUGGACUGGUUUAGUCACAGACGAUGUUCCACAUUUUGUCUUCAUAACGUUUACGAUCGGUCUUCUACUUUCAAGAAAAGUUGGCCUCAUUUUUUUUUGUCAGACAGAGUAAACCCCUUUUCAACUAGGUGCAUUGUAUCACACAAUUAACCUCCUUUAACUGCAUGUUUUUAAUUUCAGGGUUGAUAUGAGGCUGUUGUUUAUGUGGUUGUCUUUUGUCAUCGUUUGUCCUUCAGUUGGUCAGGGUUCUACGUGGUGUACUCGGUGCUGUACACUGGAUGUACUUCACACUGGAUGUAAUGUUUUCACUGUGCUAAACUCGACAGACCACUUUCUUCACCACCUCGCCUAUGGAGACCCUAAGUCUAAGGAAUGUGUCAAUCGCCACACUUGGAAAUGUUGCAUCGCCGUUUAAAGCGUCGCCUCUCUAUUUUAAUCGAACAUACAAAAUCGGCAGCAUCGCUGAGAUGUGUAUGCUGUGCAGUAGAAGAUCAUUUACAUACAAGAAGGAUUGUGAUGCAACACCAAGAGAUUUGUUGAUCUUGAAUGGACUUCACUCCCCUAUAUAAGCCCAUCCCUAAAAUCACACCAAAUACUGUUAUACUCCUGACAGCCAGCCAAAAAAACUGUUUUGAGUUCAAAUAAUUUACAAAGACAAAUUUGUAUGUGCACUGUAGUGGACAUAAAGAAAAAGUUGAUAGUAAAUAUGAAAAAUGUAUAUUACAGUUAAUGGGUACAGUAGGUAAACAUAGUUGUCACAUCCUGAUGUCUACUACAGAGGGCAUUUAUAAACACUCUUAUUUAGCUCGUAUUGAAUUUGGAAAAAAAUGGUUACACUACUCUGAAAACCAUCCACAUUCUUUCUAAGAUAUUUACUAGAAGGAAUUUCAAUUCAAACUCACAAAAAUGACAAUUACACAAAUACAUACACUUACCUUCCUACCACAGCAUAUGCUAAUUGUGUUGGUAGCCAUUUUGAAAAUCCAGGAAGAGAACGUUAUCAAGGCCACACCCCCACUCAUGUGAUAUCAUUGGAUAAACCCAGAAUGUCCUACAACAGGACUUAACACAGUGGCAUGUCAAAGAGAGUGGACAAAAAUGAAUU